AUGACAUCCCAAAAUGAUGCCCCUGUUAAAAAAAUUAUUAAUGUUUCUGAUUUGGUUAAGGGAACAAAGUAUAUCACUAUUGCAGUACGGAUAAUACGGGUUUAUGAGAAGCCAAACUUUAUGAACAAUCAGGAAGCUGGUAGUAUAGAAAUGAUUUUAAUGGAUGUACAUGGUACAAAAAUACAUGCCAGUAUUCGGAGGAACCUAAUAGUUGCUUUCUGGCCUAAGAUUGAGGAAGGAGGAUUUAGACAUAUUUCUAAUUUUUUGCUACGUGAUAAUGCUGGAUACGAGCUUACUACGCAACAUAAAUUCACCAUUUCAAUGAAUUAUGGAUCGUCCAUAGUGGAUUGCAAUGCUUUGGAUAUCCCACAAUAUGGUUUUGAAUUUGUUCCAUUUGGUGAUAUUUUGGCUAAAAAAGGUUCUGAUGUUUAUCUCAUUGAUAUAAUUGGGCAAGUGACUGCGUAUGGUGAACUAACCAAGACCACUAAAUCGAGGUGCAUGACUAUUGAGCUGAUGGACACAACGAAUGACAACCUAACAUGUGUUCUAUGGGGCACAUAUGCUGAUGAGAUGAUAAAUUACAUAAAUGCUGAGGGAGCUAAUGGUGCAAUUGUUGUCAUCUUACAGUUUGCAAAACGAAUCAUGUAUAAAGGUGGUGUUCGUGUUCAAAAUUCUCGAUAUGCUUCAAGAUUGUUCAUUAACACACAACUAUCUGAAAUUAUUUCUUUUAAAGAUAGAUGUAUGAGUGGAGUUAUUAGGGAAGAUGAUGUCAUCCGGUGUAGAAAGGAGAAUGUAGUGUUACGUAGUACAACACCAAGAUUCAAGAUAAAAUUGAUUGUUGCUGAUAAAUCUGGAGAUGCUACUUUUAUGAUGUUUGAUAAAGAGGUGUCCAAAUUAGUUGGUAGAACAGCAAAAGAAAUGGUUGCCUCUCAAAAUCAGGUCACUGUGCCAUAUAAUAAUGGCAUUGAUCAAAAUUAUUCCUACACUGUGAAUUCUACGUCCGAUGAACCUGAAUUAGUUAACAAGUGGUUUGAACUUUAUGUUAAGUUGGAGAACUCUAUUGUUGUGAAAAAGGAGAGUGAGGCAGAAAGCGUGCAAGAAUGUGAAGAGAACAUGGAUCUCUUUCAAUCGGAGACAGACUCUUCUCUAUCCCACAUCACACCGCAAAAGAGAGCAACAUUACUUGAUGAACAUUCACCCUUAGGGAUGCAGCUUUCAACUAACAAGAAACUCAAGUCUGUUAUGCCUCAAGAAGAAGAUGGACUCUAG